CGGGAAUCUUUGACUUUUGCCUUUUGGUAAAGAGAGAAAGGUUCAGAGGAAUUCUUUCGACAUCAUGGCCAGUUCACUGUUUCUUAGGAGGGCUCUGUCCCAAGCACCCCUCUGUGGACGGGCAUCAGUCCCAGUUUUGGUCAGAGGUCAAACAUCUGCUCCGGAGGAUUUCUUCAAGAAGAAUGAAGAACUGAAGCGACCAAUGUCUCCUCAUGUGACUAUUUACACACCUCAAUGGACAUGGACUCUGUCAAUCGCCCAUCGUGGAACUGGUGUCGGCUUGGCCUGUGGUAUUUAUGCUGCGGCUGCAGCUACUUUCACCACAGCCGGCUCGUUUGAAGCUGCCUUGGCUGGCACCACAAUCAGCCCACUCAUUGGCAGCCUUGCCAAACUUGCAAUUUCGUUCCCCUUCGUUUACCACACCGCCAAUGGAAUCAGACAUCUGAACUGGGACCGUGGUCAUGGUUUCGAGAUCAAGACUCUGGAGAGGCAAGGACAGAUGGUGUUGGGCGGCAGUCUUAUUGCGUCUGCCUUGAUUGCUGCUAUUCUCUAACUUAGCUUUCUAGUGCACUUGUGAGAACCUUCUGUUUAGACGUUGCGCCUGCUACUGUGCUGUUUGGCAUUUGGUUGCUGUGUAACAUUGUUAUCCUGUCAAAUGUCUCGCUAUUGCAAUAGUACAGAAGAUCAAAUCCUUUGGCUUUCACUGGCCUGCAGUCCUCAUUGGUAGCAUAUUAGAGCAUUUGUAUAAGCUUCUGAGGUCAGCCUGCUGUUGCUGACUUUGCUGCUGUGUUCAGCAGCUCUUUCAGAUAGAAUUUGAGUUCAUGCUGGUACUGGAAUAUACUGUUCUUUGGCAUAGCUGCUUGAUUUUUCCAUUUUGACAAUCUCAGAGCACUCUCCACCUGAUACAUAAUUAUUGUAGCAAACGCUACCUUCGAAUUCUGCAUGUGUGCCUGGAUUGACAACUGAACUGUG